AUGAGGUACAUCAGCCUUGACGGCCCACCCCUUGGGGGCAUACCACCUCAGGAGUUUGCAUUUCUACAAGCGUUCCAUAUGCCACUUUUCGCUGGAUACUCUUUUGCUGUCCGGGAACAGCCGUCCACUCCGGCUCCAGCUACCAGUACAUCCCCUACACCUAGUCCUAUGGGACAAGUCAUUUUACAACAAAUAUUUACGACUAAUAUCCCAGCAGCAGCAGCCCCAGCCAUGGCUCCUGCUCAAGCUACAGCCCCUACCCCUAGCCCACCCGCCGCUCAGCCUACAUCUCCGCCAUCAAGGCCACCUCCUGCCGCACAGUCUCAAGCCAGUCGCCUGCCUACCGGUGCAUACCCCCCAAAUAGUGACCGGGCCUUGGUUCUUCCAAACGGACAGGGGUAUAUCUUCCCCCAGAAACAUACAACUAUACACAUCAUCGAAGCCUACACUGCCCCCUGGGAUAAUCCAGGUGACACCUUUCAGUGGCGCUCCUACCGUGUGCCUUCUACGAUGACCGUUUCUGAACUAAUAGAGCAGCUCUGCCCCACCAAAGCUCCAGACGGCCGUGAGGCCACAGCUCGUGGGAUCACCGAGUGUCUUGAGGUUGGCGACGGCUCAUGGCUGAAAGGCUCUGAUUUCUGGGUCGGAGGUCACCGUGGCAGCGACGAUAAUAUGAAGCGUCGUGUCAAACAGACCCUUGCUACUGUGGGCUGGACGGAUCAGCGAGGAGCCGUCGCGCAGCCAGUUUGGAUUACCAUCAACAUCACCGUAGGGUAA